CAAAAUUGAAAAUUCAGAAAUUGUUAUUACAAUUACAUUACAAGUUUUUUUUGGCAAUAAAUAUGCAAGAACAGCUAAAAACCACACAAAUAUGAAACAAACACAAUGCAGAUUUGCGAAAAAUUGUUUAUAUAACGUUUAAACGUAAGACUGACUGCUAUUCCUUUCAAAAAUAAAACAAAUACGCCAUGCCUGAAAACCUCGAGCUCCAACAACUAGUUGACGAGGAGGCCGAAGAAGAGUUAAGAUUCCAACAGCCAAAAACUCUAAAAUGCCGCAAGUACCCUUACUUAGGAUUAAUAUUAGCUACUCUAAGUGCUCUCUUUUUCUCCCUAUGUUCGGCGAUAGUCAAGUGGAUGUCCGAUAUAAAUCCUAUGGCUCUAGCUGCUUACAGAUUCUUAGGAGUACUUUUACCAACCAUCCCCAUACUUAUAUACCAUCAAAAGCCUUGUUUUCCUAAAGAUAAACGUAUAAUGUUAAUUUUAAGAUCAUUCACAGGCACAACUGCGUUGAUGCUUAGUUUCUAUGCUUUCAGACAUAUGCCCUUAAGUGAUGCUUCAGUGAUAGUAUCCUCAGUCCCAGUAUUCACUGCAAUAUUUGCUAGAAUGUUUCUAAAAGAACCUUGCGGCUGGUUCAGUAUUUUUUCUGUAAAUGUAACCUUAAUAGGAGUAGUUUUAAUUACAAGACCGCCCAUAAUUUUUGGUAAUACAAUAGAAUCUCUAGGUGAUAACGGGCAAGCACCUGAAAUUUGGGGUGCAGUAGCUGCCUUCAGUUCAACUUUGUUUGGGGCCAAUGCUUUUGUAAUAUUAAGGGCUUUAAAAAAUGUUCAUUUUUCAGUAAUAAUGACUAAUUUUGGAAGUUUUGCACUUGUCCAGUGCCUCAUUGUAACAUAUUUUCUUGGAGCCUUAUGUUUGCCCGUUUGCGGCGUGGACAGGUACUUAAUAGUGGCAUUGGCGUUGUUUAGUUUUUUGGGGCAAAUACUACUUACUGUCGCUUUGCAAAUGGAGCAGGCUGGACCUGUAGCCAUAGCAAGGAGUACUGAUAUCGUGUUUGCUUUUAUUUGGCAGGUUUUGUUUUUUGACGAAGUACCAAAUAGGUUUUCAAUUAUCGGAACUAUUUUGGUGAUGGCUUCUGUGAUUCUGACUGGGUUGAGAAAGUGGAUUAUGAUUUUGCCAUAUGAUGCAGCAAUAAGGAGGAGAUUUGGGUUUUUAACUAAAUAGACCAAUAACUACUUGGGUACAAGUUUAUUUUUAGGGGAUUGUGAUGUGAGGCUUUCAGGAUUUCUAUACCAAAGAAAAUUGUAUAAAAAAUAUCAAUUUUGCUGCCUGAUGGACCAGUAUUUAAAUUGUAGAUUUUUACAGGAUAUUGUUAUAGCUAUAUUGGGAUUUAUUUAUUUAAUUUCUUACAAGUUCACUUCUUGUUGCCUAGUUGUAUAACCUUUCCUAAGUAUUAAAAAUGCUUUUUCUAUUUAUAGGAACUUAUUAUUAUAUUUGAAUAAUAAUCACUAUAGAGGCAAGAUUCAAAUUUUCCAAUAACACAAAUUCGAUCCGUCUUAAAUUUCAACAACUAUAAAUGUUGGAAAAUUAGAAUCUUGUUAAUAUUUACUAUUUAGAACAUAUUUAUUAGGAACCUCAUAUAAAAUGAACAAUCAGAUAAGUGAGAAUUCUUACCUUAAAUAAUCCUAAUAGUCGGAAGUCAAAAUAUUAAGGCAUUUUCAAUAGAUUUGCUCGAUAAAUCAGGGCGCCGAGGGCGGAAAAUUUGUAUUUUCAUAACCAGGCAUUCUAUUCUAGCAGUAAGUAUAAAGGUGUCUUUGUUUCACCUUGAGUUUCUACAUCCGAAUUUUUUUGUAAUACCAUACCAUAAUUUAGGAACCAUACAUAACUUUAAUAGGUUUUAAAUUUGACAGUUGAUGGUUACAUGGAAUUGUGAAACUUUUUCUUUUGGAGGUGUAUUUCAAAUUUUACCUUCCUUGAGACUUUCAGAUCUGAAAAUAUAUUAUUAUAGUGUUGAGUUAAGAGUGUUAAGACAACCUAUUUCAGUUAGGUAGAUACUAUCUUUAAAUUAUAGAUUUGUAAGUGCUCAUCUAGAUUUAUUGAUUCUUAGUGCCAUUUUCAAGCUCCAUUCUUUCUACUGAGUAUUUAUUACUUAUUUAUUGUUUUUUUUUACUUAGUUUUAUACAAAUUAUAAAAGAGUUUUUAGAUCCUUACUUUUUUCUAGUCAACUCUAGUCAGUUAGAAUAAAAGCGAUUUUUGCUAUUAUUUAUUUUUUCAUUACUUAAUGAUUAGGUAUGUUGUUUUAAAUAAAGUAAAAUAACAAGAA